UUCAGUCAAUGGUUAUUGUUUAUAUUACAUGAUAUGUUUGUACAGUUGUAGCUUAGUCUCUUUAAAGUGUUUUGUCAUUCAGUGUCAAGCUUAAACAUAACAUUUGGCAGAGUUCCACUCUAGUGUUUGCAAUGUACUGUGGCAGUAAACCUGGUGGCUCACUUGAAGCCAAAAAUAGGUACAUAAUUUUUUAUGACCUUAACCACACAGUGAGUUUGACACUACACCAUUAUGAGAUGGGGAAUGGAGUCAAACCUUGUAGCAGAGUUUAUAGCCAAGACUGGAGCAGACUCAGCUGUUGCCUACAGUUAUUUACAAGCAAAGGGAUGGGACUUGAAUUUAGCUCUGCAGGCUUACCUGUAUCUCUCUGCAGAGUCUUGUGGUGGUGGUGGAAGUGGCGGUGGUGGAAGCAGUGGCGUGACCAAGCUGUACAACAGUCGUUGGUCUGCUCCUCUAACUGAAGAAAAUGGAAACUUAACAAAUACCCAUCACUCUUUAUCAAGACCAACACUUCAGAAAGCGGAUGCUAUCGAUGUAGUUGACAUCAAGAAGUUAACAAGAGGUAUAUCCCGAGCCACUGAUAAUGUGAAUUUGGUAUCGAGAGCACGUUCCGACAUUGCUCUGGAUUUCAGAGAGAAUGCAGUAUGCAGUGUGAAUCAAUUUUUUAUAGAAACUCCAGUCUACACAUUCACACUUCCAGAUCUGACUAUAUACCCUGAGGAUUUUCGAGGUUUUCUUGAGAAGGAUCUGAUUGAGAUGUCAAGUUUGGUAUCACUGGAACAAUCUGGUCGUCUUAACUGGUGGGCAGAUUCUGGUGCAUGUCAGCGACUGUGGCCACUGGCAACUACUGGUGAUGGGAAUUGUUUGCUUCAUGCGGCAUCUUUAGGCAUGUGGGGUUUCCAUGACCGCUUGCUGACAUUGCGCAAAGCUCUCCAUGGAUUUAUGACUGGCAGUGAAUGUCGAGAAGCACUGUGGAGGCGUUGGAGAUGGCAGCAGACUAGACUGAAUACUGAGGCGGGGUUUGUGUAUUCAGAGGAUGAAUGGAGGACAGAGUGGGAAAGCAUCGUCAACAUGGCAUCUACAGAACCAAGGAAGCAGGAAGGGGGCCGAAGACGCAGCAUGAUUUUUGACAGAAAUGCGGAUGAAGUGUCGGAAAAUGCAACCUAUGAGAGUCUGGAAGAGGUUCAUGUAUUAGCUCUGGCUCAUGUUCUAAGACGACCCAUCAUUGUCAUUGCUGACCUUAUGCUUAAGGAUGUCAACGGUGAAGAUCUUGCACCAAUCCCCUUUGGAGGCAUAUACCUGCCACUAGAGUGCUCUCCUGCUGACUGUCACCGUUCGCCACUUGUCCUUACAUAUGAUGCAGCUCACUUCUCAUCGCUUGUAGUCAUGGAGAAGGAAACGUUUGCUGAUAGAAUGCCUCAGCCUCCAGCUGUGAUCCCUGUGACAGACUCGGACCAUGAGUUGCUGCCAAUUCAAUUUAGUGUAGAUCCUGGUGAACAGUUUGUUUGGGGAAGGGAUGAAAACAACCCACAUAUUGUUUCAAAGCUGACUCUUGCAAACCAAGAUAAAUUGGGUUUGUUACGUGAAUAUCUGGAUAUCGUAAAUGUGUUGAUCCCUCCAACACCGAAGUCAGAAGAGAACAGUGAAUUUACAUCUGAAAUAGAGGCAUAUAGCUUCAACAAUCUGUUAAAUGAUGAAGAUGAAAUUGAUAAGAAAUUUUCUGAAGUACUAGAAACUGACACAACUGAUGAUGCUGUUCAUAAUCCAUCUGAUUCAAACAUGUUUGGCACAAACCGGAGUAAGGCAGCAAAACAGCUCCAGUCGGUUGCAAAACAAUUUGGUAGCAUUGGCAAAUCAAUGAGCAAAAAGUUGAAAAAGAAUUUGGGAAGCAUCACCAAAAUGACAAGAAACAAUUCACAGAAGAAAAACAAUGGAGCAGGAAGUUAUGUACCAUCGAGUCCUGUUAGGCAGACUACUAAACUUAACUCAAACCUUGUUUCAAGGUCACAGGACUACAUUUUGUGUGCAGUACUGCAUACAGAGAAACGACACGAAUAUCAGGAAGAGAUGGUGCGUAAUUACUUGCAGUCUGCACAUGAGAGGUUCCAGCGUGACAAAGAUCUCAAACUGAAGCAGGCAGAAGAACGCAGACAGAAAGAGGAACAGAAACUGAAGGAUCUGGCAUGUAUUGAAGGUCCAUCAGAAUGCAUCAAUCCUGGUUGUGAUCAGUUUGGCACAGCUCUUACUAGCUACAUGUGUAAAGCAUGCUUCGAACGUCAGCGUGAUCAAGAACUAACUACCAUCAACUCACCAUCUUUACCUCGGGCCAACAAUAAUAUGGAGUCUUGUGCACCACGGCAAGACAGUGCAGCACUAACAUGGCAAGAUCAGUCAGGGGGUUUGAACAGUGCAAAGCAGAGGAUUCACAGCUAUAAUUUGGCAAGGUCUUGGGAUUCCUCUUCAGCUGGGAGCAGACCAUCUGGUAGACCAGCACCGCUAGACACAGGAAGUCAGAGACCUCUGCCUCGAUCUACAACAGCAAGUGGUUCCCUGGGGACAUCAGCUUCUGCUCGCAAUGUGUCUGUUGCAUCAUUGAGUCCACAAUCCAGCAGUGAUCUGCCAAAUGUAGAACGAGUUGGUCAUGACAGUAGCAGUAGCUUGAACUCUCGUGUUUCUGGUGGAGUUCGUCUUCCCAUUACUGGAGCACACCCUUGUCGAACUAACAACUGCAAGUUUUUUGGAAGUGCAGAAUCUGACUAUUACUGUUCAAAGUGUUUCAAGGAGCAAAUGCAGAGUGGUGUUAAAAGCCUUAAGGUUCUAGAAAUGAAAAGAUAG